UAUUACGAAUCUAAAGUGCGCCAUCUAUGACGCAUAUAAUAGUAUCCAAAAUGGCUGCGCCCAUAGCUGCCUUAAAUGAUAUACUGGCUUCGGGCCAGUAUACUCAAGUUCUAAGCGUGAUUAAAGGAUUCCGAAAUGGGGUUGUGUAUGGUGCCAAGAUCCGAUUUCCACACGCUUUGGUUAUGACAUUCCUGUUCAAGAGGGGGCCAUUGAAAGACAAAUUAAUAAGCAUCUUGAGAGCAACUUACACUCAUUCAAGAAACCUUUCGUAUUUUGUAUUUAUAUACAAAGUGUUGACUGGCUUGUUUCGUAAACUUGAGAGUAAGCCACGUGAGAGUCAUUCGUUUAUCGCAGCCUGUAUUGGAGGAUAUUUGGUCUUCGGUGAAAAUAAUAACAUCAACAGUCAGAUAAAUAUGUACCUUCUCUCAAGAAUAACCUUUGGCCUUUGUCGUCUGAUGGUGAAGAAAGGGGCGAUAAACCCACCUCGUCGAGACCCGUUUCCCAUGUUUGGUAUGCUAGUGUGGGGGAUAGUUUUAUGGCUGUUUGAGUAUCAUCAAGAAGUCUUGCAACCAUCAUUACAGAACUCAAUGACUUACCUAUACCAUGAUUCUAACACAUGGCACAAUAUAUGGGACUUUAUCAUUUAUAACAAACCUACAAAGUAGAAAUAUGUUGAAAAGAAUUAAGACCAACAGUACUUUACAGACAGAACCUCUGUUGGACAUUGUUUGGUCAACCAUGUACCUGGUCAAUCUAAUCAUGUACCUGACAAUCUAACCAUGCACCUGGUCAAUCUAACCAAGUACCUGGUCAAUACUUGACCAACAAAAUGUGAACUGCAUAUUCUUAGUAAAAUUACCUAAGUUGCACACUAUGUGUAACCAAUCGCUCAUCAAUGUGCAUUCAAAUUCGUCUAUUUCAACAUAAUCUUUUUCACAGGCUGGAAGAGCAUAUUACUAACAAUUUUCGUAUCUCUCUAAUUUGGCACGUUUAGAUAGAUUUGGUGUAAUCAGCUGCACGACUUAAUAUAAAAAAUGCUCACCUCCAAAAAGGUGCCGGUGUGGAGUUGAAUAGCUCAGUGGUUAAGGUGCUUGCCUCUGAUCCCAAGGUCCUGGGUUCAAUUCCUGUCAUGUCAGGACUUUUUCUCACGACAAAAACAACUCCACUCCCUAAGCCUCAUAAAGAGACUUCGCUGAUAAAAGCAUCACUUUAUUUCAUUUAUUUAAGAGGGCCCCUAAAUAUCAGCCGACCUUGUUGGAUACCCUGGAAGAGUCGCCCUCUAUAAAUAUGGUUUAAAAAAAAAUUUUUUUUAAAGUUCCGCCUUAUAUCUUUCAAAAUCUUUCACAAGAAACUUUUUUUUUUUACUUAAUUGCCAAAUUUAAGUUUGUAGUCUGUAAUAUUGUGUUGUCUACCUAUCUUACAUUAUCACUAAUAUAAAAUAAAAAAUCCUAGAGCCUAAUAUGAGUAUAAAUAAUACGACUGAUGUAUAUAAUGCCUUUUAUACACUUUAGAAGUGGUUUGGCGCAGCCGUAGCGGUUUGGUUUCUCAAGGUCAGGGUUUCAACCCCUCGCUGUGUAUUUCAUUUGCGUCCUUGAGCAAAGCACUUCUGCAUGGCUUCUCUCCACCCUGGUAGGGUUAAAUGCCAAAAUGUGCAACAUUAUGGAAUACGCCACCGGGGAGCUGAGUUUGUGUUCCAUAGGCAUUUAAUCCAGUGCCAAGGUAAUGAUAAUGUGAAGCAUAUAGAGGGCUUAUUAUAAUGCACUAUACAAUUCUACCAUUAUUUUAUUAUACUGAAAAUAACUCAAAAUUGUAAUAUAUAUUUAAACCAUCUAUUGCUGAAUUAUAUAUUUAUUGAAACUGGAGUAUAAAUGAUAAAGAAUGACAGUAUUUAUUAAUUAUAUGCAAGUACAGUACCUAGAGUUUUAUAAAUUCAAUAUUUGGCAUCAAGAACUUGAUAUUGAGUGUUAAUUUGUAUCAAGAACUUUAUAUUGAGUGUUAAUGGAGAAGUUUACCAAUUUUAUAUAAUUUGAAAACAUAUAGCAUACUCAGUAAUACAUACAGUGGCAUAGCUACGGGUAGUGCAGUCUGUGCACAAGGCCCAGGGCUGUUAGGGGCCAAUUCAUAAAUAGACCUAAAAAUAAUAAUUUAAAAUACUUUCCUUAAUAUUUUUGAAGAAAAAACGGCCAGCGGGUACCUCAAUAAUAUUUGGUUUUUAGAGGAGUAAUUAUUGAUUACGGAGUUGAUUUCAAUUCAGUUCUAGAUUUUCAACUAGAUUUGUGAUGAUGUUGCAGGUGCAUCACUCCAUCCACAGCCACGGGUAUAGGAUGAUUCCUAGAUGAACUAUAUAAAAUUGGUAAACUUUUUAAAACGGGGUCGUUUCAUGAGUUUGGUUCAUAAAUUCAAUAUAUUUCUUCUACGCAUGAUUAAAUUCUGCCUGAUAUAUGAAAAGCUGGCAGCACCCUGUUUUAUACUGACUUUAAUAAAGUGUAUUAAUAAACUA